AUGUCACCAGUGCAAGGCUACAGAGGCAUCACAUUGGAAAUGGUUCAAGAUCUGUCUACAGAGGAGCUUGACUGCCAAUGGAUCAGCACAAGAGAAGCUAUCCUUGAAGAACAACUUGCAGACCAAAUGAAAGAAAAACAGAUGUACAGCGAACAACUUCAUCACAGCACGUCAUCCCGAGACAAGAUGAAAGAAGAUUUCUUGUCCGAUAUUUCAGCCUUCAUUCAUGACUUUGGGUUGGCAAGCAGAGGCAAAGAAGAGAGGCUGACAUCAGUCAAGGAACAAUUGAAGGAGAUGAAAAUCAGACAACACAAGCUUCAAGAAGACAUUGACACCUGUACCAAACAGAGAGACAUGCUGAGAUGUAUUGAGGAUGAGAAGAAAGCAACAGAGCAAGUAAUAGCCACACUCAGAAAUGAGUUACAUGGUUUGGAGGAGACUGUGGUGUCUGAGAAGAACAAAACAAAAACGCUAGAGGAUGAGAAAGCUUUUGUAUCUGGCAAACCACACUCUGAUCCAGAAUUCAAAAGGCUCCAGAGUCAGCUGGAUGCAAGCCGUGACGAGUCACUCGAAGGGUUGUGCCAAACAUUGCGGCAACAGAUUGAUCAGUUGCAGAGACAACAGUGGCAGCAACAACUAAGGAGGCAACAUCCUUCUGGUGCCGGAAGGGCACAAGGGAGAUUCAAAUGGACAGCUCAGCCAUCUAUGCCCAGAGUCUUACCAUCACCAGCACCCUCUUCAUCAUGGAGGACCACCCCAAAUCCAUGCUCUUCUCUUCCAUGCCCUCCAAGAAAGACUCCAACCCCAGACAUGGAUACCGAAACAUCAUCAUCAUCAUCGUCGUCUCGCACCAGCAAACCAAACUUAGCAAAACUCACGACUGCUCUGAAAUGUAAAGUGGAGGAGAAUUAGAAAAGAAGUUAUUCAUCCAGGUAUGGAUAAGAAGUUGUUUUCGUCGUAGACCCCAUCAUCAUCAUCGUGCUCCAGCAAAGCAAACUUAUCAAAAUCAUAACUUCUCUGAAAUCAUAUUGGAAAUGAAAGAAUUGGUUAGAACUCCAGAUGUAGGUAGACAUAAAGGUAUCAUCAUGGACCAUUAUCAUCAUCCAUCAUCAUAUUAUCAUGACCUAGCUCCAAAUUUGUAUGACCCAAAUUUGCUUUAAAAUGCAAAGUGGAAGAAAAAUAGAAAAAAGUGGUUAGCACUCCAGAUAUGGACCCAAAGACAUAAUCAUCAUCAUCAACGUCGUCAUCAUCAUCUAACUCCAGCAAACCUUAUUUACCAUAAAACUCAAACCUGAUAUAAAAUGCAA